ACAUCUGUCACUACUAGUAGUGUUAUUACAAUUUGUUCAAAGAGCCAGAGUUUACACUAAAAGUUAUCAUAGUCAUAAAAAAUGGCUCAAACAGCGGGCGUAAAGCCCAUGACCAUAACCGGACGGGUUGCGUCCGAAAGGGAAAGAUGUCUUGGCAUGACUGAUGUUGAACGGGCCUGGCGAAAGCAAUGGCUGCAAGAUCAGAUCUUAUCCUCAAACGAGCCAGUACAUGUAGAAGAAUAUUGGAGAGAACGUACCAACCCUAUUCGUAGAUUUUACCGCAAACCUUUAGAUGUAAUAUUUUCAAGUCUCACUCCUGUACUGGGAGCAAGUCGAGCUGCUGAUUACCGAUACAUUGCUGGGAAACUUGGCUUAAUGGCUGCGGGUGCUCUAUGUAUCCAUUACUAUUUUAAAUACAACGGCAAUAAUUGGACUAAGAAAGGAGGUUGGCGUACAGUAAAAACUAAGCCAAUGGUAUUGCCAGGACAACCUGGCUUUCCAUUUAAAUCGGACCGCACUAAGGAUUCUGAUUAUGCAGAUAGAGGUUUUAGCAAAUCACCUCUUCAUGCUAAGUAAUAGAUGGAUUCUGUAAUAAACUAGCUCACAAUAUGUAGUUUAUUCUUCAUGUUACCUUAAAUUGAAUGUAGUGAGUGGCAAAUACGGAAAUAAAAAAAGUUUUUGUUA